AAAGCUCGCUGUUGGUGAUCCUUCUCGGGCCAAACAGCCCGAUAUGAUUGGGAAGAUUGCCGUUAAUGGUAUUUAUAAAAAACAUAAAAUAAAAAAAGUGACUGGUGAGGGUAAGAACAACACCGAAAAGAAAAACCUAAUCGAUCUGAUUAGGUUAGGAUCAUUUAUGAAGGAUUCGUUGGAUCUUAGUUUGCAAAAAACUGUUGUUAAUCGCGUUUUUGCUUGGCAAGUCAUUG